UUCAACAUUUCCACCACUCAUGAAACAGGCCAGGCGCCCUUUAAUCCCAGGGCGCCUUGAAACAUCCACGAUAUUUCUCGCGAGCUCGGAGCAGCAGGCGGCUCGCGCUGCUCUGCCGUGCUCUGCGUCAGUUACGACCCUUCAGUGUAAACAGCCAUGGCUGCCCUGCGUAGACUUAUCCCUACACUCGUAAACAGCCCUAAAACAGGGACUUUCACGACACGAAAUCAACCCACGUCCUCCAAAGGGACAAAAGCGCUAAAAGUAAUCGCAACCGGAGCUUGCGUCACGGCAGUGGUCGGUGCCUCUUAUUAUUGCUGUUUGUUUGACGGUGGUCGCUCCGGUUUGAAGAGCUGUGUCGUGGCUCGACUCUCUCAUCUGGCGUUGCCAUCAGUUUCUGCAGCCGAGAAGGCUAGAGCCCGUAAUCUGGAUGAUGGAGACAUGUACAUGUCAUCCUAUGAAAACAGAUUUCGCCUGUUCAGUUCAGUGGAGUGCGAGGGCCAGCUCUACAUGACACCACUGAACUUCAUUGAGUCCAUCACUUUGAAUGAACCCAAGAGUAGAAGAGGAUGGAAAUCUCUCACAAAAAAGGAAUUAGAGAAGAUGCUGGCUGAUACCCCGCCUGUUUGGAAAGGAUCAUCUAAUUUGUUUAGAAAUCUUCGUGAACGAGGUGUCAUUAGUUACACAGAGUACCUAUUCCUGCUCUGCAUCUUAACAAAGCCCCAUGCAGGCUUCAGGAUUGCCUUCAACAUGUUUGAUGCAGAUGGAAAUGAAAUGGUGGACAAAAGGGAGUUUUUGGUGCUUGAAGAAAUUUUCCGUAAGAAAAAGGACAAAAAAGAGGUUACUGAAGACAUGCAAAAAUUUGACCAGCAGAGCCUGCAGCUUUAUGGUAGUCACAAAUCCCCGUCACACACUGUUCUUAAAAAAGACAGUCAGCAUGUGGAGGCCCGCGGCAUGUGGGAUGUUCUCAGACGUGGCUCAAGUCAAGUUCUGUUUUCUGAUCUCACUGAGCAUGUAAAUGAAAAGACAGAGACGACGCUGCUGGUACAUUUUUUUGGUAAAAAGGGCAAAGCUGAGCUGAAAUUUGAAGAUUUUUAUCAAUUCAUGGACAACUUGCAGACAGAGAUGCUUGAGAUAGAGUUCCUCUCCUACUCCAAGGGCCUGCCCACCAUAAGUGAGGAAGACUUUGCUCGGAUUCUCCUUCGCUACACCAAUGUGGAUGAUGUCAGUGGGUAUUUGGAGAAUGUGCGCCAUAGCAUACCAGAUGAAAAGGGAAUCACAUUUGAAGAGUUCAGGUCCUUCUUUCAGUUCCUUAACAACCUGGAGGAUUUUACCAUCGCAAUGCAAAUGUACAACUUUGCCAACCGCUCUGUUGGUCAAGAGGAGUUCACCAGGGCUGUCUAUGUGGCUACAGGCAUCAAGCUGACCCAACACUUGGUCAACACAGUUUUCAAGAUCUUCGAUGAGGACCAUGAUGAUAAACUUAGCCACAAGGAGUUCAUUGGCGUCAUGAAAGACCGGCUGCACCGUGGUGGUGGGGGCAUCAGGGUUGAGGAGAAGUUCACCUCUUUUAAAACCUGCAUGAAGAAGGAGCUUUCAUCCAAAUAGGUGAAAUCCAAUCAUCCGUACAUGUCUGACAGAGUUUAUGAGCUGUUCUCCUCCGUAUUCUACAAGGACAGCUGAGGAAUUCCUAUGUUCUAUGGUUUGAAAUAAACAGGAUGGGGGCAAAAUCAGUAUGUGUUCAGCCUACUGAGUAGCUUUUGCAAGUAGUCAAAUAAAGCAUUAUGAACAUGAUGAGGAAGUCCACUUAAAUAAGUUUUGCAGGGCUCUAAAAUAGAACAAUUAUCAGUUUGUGUAACUGCUUUUGCCUGCUUAUAAAAUAUUGAUAUAUUUAUUUAUUCAUAUUUGUAAGUAUAUUUAUCUAUUUUAGAUUGUUAACGAUCUAUGUAUUUAUUUAUCUAAAAGUCCAACAUUGUCUUAUCUACUCUGCCAAUGUGCAUUUUCCUUGAAAUCUCCCUUUGUUGUGCGCCUGAUUGUGUGGGGUGGCGGCAGCAUUGCUCACAUAAUUUGUCCUUCUGGCGGCUCUGCAGCCCCCUGCACAGAUCAGCUCAGGACACCACUACCCCUCCUCCCUCCUCCUCUCUCCCAAAGUGCUGCAGUUGAAAUUCUCCAGGAUCCUUUAGAGCCAGCAGGCCUGAACAAACUCUCCAUGGCAGUGGCUUUUUAUCCCACUGUUUUUACUACAGGCAGCCAACACUCUUAAUCAUUUCUUGGUUUGUCGAGAAAAAAAGCUAUAUUCAUGCCACUGGCAGGGAUGCCCUGUUUUUGCAUACAUAUGCAGAAUACUGAAGCCAUAUAUGCUUGUUGCACUCCCAAGACUCCCAGCUUAACUUUUUGUGAUUUUUACAGAGUGUUACAUUAAAUUACCUCUUCUCUAGGCUCUGUGAGGAACCAUUUACAUUAGAUCCUCUAUAGAAUCCCUCAUUUGUGCUGCUGUUGCUGCUCCUUCUUGCUUUGGGUGCAGCUAUGUACUAAAAAAAAAGGGUAAAUUAUUAUAAACAUGAAGAAUAAAGUAGACAAAUAAUGUUCUAUUUCAAACUUCUUUCAGUUAUAAUAUUUAAUGGUUUUGAGUUAUUUUCCCUCUUGUAGAGUUUUGGAAACUUCUCAUCAGUUAAAUCAUUGUUAUACUGAUGUCAGAGCUCAGAUGCGUUCAUAUUUAUAUGUAACAAUAAAUAUUAUUUGAAAUAUGUA